AUGGGAGAAGGUACACUCGCUGCCGCGAGUGCAUGCGCCCUGCAGCAGCAGCAGCAGCAGCAACAGCAGCAUGAGGAGCAGCAGCAGCAACAGCAGCAGCAGCAGCAGCACCAGCAGCAGCAGCAACAGCAACAGCAGCAGCAGCAGCAACAGCAGCAGCAACGACAGCAGCAGCAGCAGCAGCAACAGCAGCAGCAGCAGCAGCAGCAAACGUACUACAAGGAAGAACUUGCAGAACCGGGUACCGAUGACACCAACACCAGGCGCAGCAGCGACGGAGCCGCUAAACCCCCGAAAGCAGCAGCAGCAGCAAACGCAAUAGCAGCAACAACAGCUCCAGCAUCAACAGCAGCAGCAGCAGCAGCAGCAACAACAGCAGCAGCAGCAGCAGCAGCAGCAAACGUACUACAAGGAAGAACUUGCAGAACCGGGUACCGAUGA